AUGUUCCGCAGGCCUAUGAGACUCAUACUAAUGAGAUUGGGUGUCAACGGCCCGAAGCCUAUCGUUGUUUUCGGUAAUUUCCUGCACCGAUGUGUGCGACCACUCGCUGUGAUCGAUGUCGGGUACCUCAAGAAGUACGGCACCAUAAUUGGUGUAUACGACGGCAGAAAUCCAGUACUACUGGUGGCGGAGCCGGAGAUAAUCAAACAAAUAACGGUGAAAGACUUCCAGGCGUUCGCCGACCGCCGGUCGCUGACCACUGAACACCCCAUCAUUAAUAAGGCGCUGUUCCUCAACACCGGCGACGACUGGAAACGGUUGCGCACAAUAAUGUCGCCCACUUUCACGUCCGGCAAAAUGCGCCGAAUGUAUCAUUUGGUCAGAGAGUGUGUUCGCGAAAUGUGCGACCACUUGGAUGUGAUAGCCGGCGGUCAGCCAAUCAACAUCCGACCCGUUCACCAGUGUUUCGCGUUGGAUGUGAUCGCUUCGUGCGCUUUCGCCACCAAAAUCAACGCCCAGUCGGAGCCCAACAGCGAGUUUGUGGUGAACGGCCGGCGCGCUAUGGACUUCAAUGUGUGGCAAAUGAUACCGUCGUUUGUGUUCCCAAAGUGGUUGAAUCGGGCGCUCGGCGUACGGACACAGUUCGUGGAGGAGCCGAGUGAGUACAUGUUCACAAUGGCCCGGCAUAUACUGGCCAAUCGGCGCCGACAGACGGGGGUCGGCAAAGAGUAUCACGAUUUUAUUCAAUUACUCAUUGACGCCAACGCCCGCCACACCAAUAAUAAUAACAAAAGUAUUGAUUUAUCCGAUGACGAGGAAGAAGUGGUUGAAACGCAGCAAAAGUUGUAUUUCGGGACCAAAACGAUGACCGAAGAGGAGAUCAUAGCCCAGUCGUGGCUAUUCUUGUUGGCCGGCUUCGAGUCGACGGCCACAACAAUGGCGUACCUGUCGUACGAGUUGGCCCGCAAUCCCGAUGUCCAGCAACGGCUGUACGAAGAGGUAGUGGAGGCCAUGGACUCGGAGGGAGAGAUCGAUUACGAUCGGCUCCACGGACUGCCCUAUUUGGACGCCGUGUUUAGCGAAAGCAUGCGCUUAUACCCAGUGGCCACGCGUCUGGAGCGCGAGGCCGGCCAACCCGUUGUCCUGAAGACCAGUUCCGGCGCUGAUAUACCCAUAUUCAAGGGACAGUUGGUUGAGAUCCCGGUGCACGCCAUUCACCGAUCGGAGCGCUAUUACCCGAACCCGAAUCAAUUUGACCCUGAUAGAUUUCUGCCCCAAAAUAAGCAUUUGAUAGCGCCGUAUACUUACCUGCCGUUCGGCACCGGACCCCGCAAUUGCAUCGGCAACCGGUUCGCCAUAAUGGAGGUGAAGCUAUGUAUCGCACAUCUGGUCAAACGGUUCCGGUUCACGACCACAGCUCAAACUGAGUCUAAACUACUGUACGUUAAUCUCUCGCCAGCACUGGUGGCCAAGAGUGUGACCAUUGGUAUCGAAAAAAGAUAA